AUGUCGGUGUCCCAAGAGGGGUUGAAGGACAGAGAAGGAGACACAGAGACAGAGACAGGUGAGAGACAUACUGACAGACAGAAACAGGGAGAGAUGAGAGAGAGAGAGACCCCGAGAGGGAGAGAAACAGACAGAGAAAGAGGGGCAAAUUUGGAGAGACAGGGGAAGAGGGAUGGGGAAAAGAAACGAGAGCUGAUAAGAGAUGUCAAAAGAAAUGAUACACAGAGGGGGAGAGAGACUGAAAGAAUGAGGAAGAGAGAAGAGACAAAGACAGACAAAAUCAAACGGUUCGCCCCCAAAAAUACCAAAAGAGAAAAGGAGAGCGAGAAAGUGAAAGGAAAAGGGGGAGGGGUCAUGUGGAGAGAUAGAGGAUGA